AAAAAAAAAUCUUUAUGACCUUGCUAUGCAAACUUCAAAGUAACGAUACACGAUUGAAAACCUACUUAUCUAUGUGGAGUUACAAGCAUGAAACUGUGUACUACGAACAAAGACACUUACCACGCUCCUUUGCGUUCCAUCCCCCGGCCGUGCUGCUUUGUUCACUACCACUCAAAUAGUCUCAUGGAGUGGCGUAUUUUCAAUACUUUCUAGCCAUCUGGUUACAAAAUAUGCUCUCCCAUUCGCGCGAGCCAAGGCAAAACCCCAAACUGCAGCCCAUACAGAAUGAUAAUAGUAUCGAACAAGUGACCCGUUCCGUGCCUCUACCAAAGUAUCGAGUUGUGUUCGUCAGUCCACUUGUUCGUGCAAGGUCUAAAAUAGCAAAAGCGUUCUGUCCGACGCCAGCUGAUAGGCACCCAAUGGGCAACAAAAAGUUCCCUCGCAUCAGGGAAUGUAUAGUGGACGGUGAACCAAUAACGAUCGAGUUGAUCGACACCCUCGGUCCAGGCGAUGCGGAUUACUACUUCGAGAAAGGCCUCAUGAACUCAUACAUUGAGCAAGGAGACGGGUUUCUUUUCAUUUACUCUGCCGAAAAUCGCAAGUCACUGGAGCUAGCGAAAGAGAAUUAUGGGUGGGUCGUAAGGAGGAAGCAGCAUGAACGAGACAAUGGGACGAACCCUAUUCCUGGUAUGCUCGUGGCAGUAAGGGUCGAAGACGAACACAAAGCGAUGUGGAUGGAAGUGACUUGGGAAGAGGGAAACAAAGUUGCGGAGGAAAUGAAUCUAGCGUUCAUGCAGGUAUCUCUCAAGAACGGACGCAAUGUGGAAGAGGUGUUUAUCCAUAUAGCUAGAUUGAUCAAGAAGUACCAGGAGAGGAAAAAGCGCAUUUCGUGUAUGCAUUGGGCGUACUACGACCAGAAGAUACUCGAUGACCGUUAUGAGAAAUUGCAGGCAGGGAACGAAUGUAAACACGUAACAACUGCUGCAAGAGAGAGAGAAGUGAUUGGGAAAGUUGAUUUUGAUACCGAGUUCGAGAAACAGCAGCGAACUGGAUGCUGCGCAGGGUGUACAAUUACUUGAAGUUGAGGGUGCAAGGGAUGUCGACCAUUGUAUUUACUAUUGUGAUUCGGAAUGCUGAAGGGCCUCGCCCCCGUGAUCGAAACAUUCAUUACAAGGGACAACGAUCUGUUCUCCCGACCUUGAAACUGAGAUGUGCUGCUCAGUG